GUGUCUGCAGAGCCUGAAUGAACCAAUCAGAGAAGCUCUGGCUGUGUGCCUCCUCCUCAUUUUCUUCUUCUGGAGUUGGUGGGACCACGAUGCACGGCAAAGGCAGCUCCUGCUGCUGCUCAUUUGAUGACUACAACCUGACCACCGAGUGGCUGCUGAACCAGACGAAUCACCGUCCAAAGGUGGCGGUGAUCUGUGGCUCAGGACUUGGGCUGCUGGCUGAUGGAGCCGUCAACAAACAGACGUUCAGAUAUCAGGACAUCCCUAACUUCCCUGUGAGCACAGUUCCAGGUCAUGAAGGCUGUUUGGUGUUUGGGACAGUUGAAGGCACUUCCUGUGUCUUCAUGAAGGGUCACUUCCAUCUCUGUGAAGGUUACUCGCUCUGUCAGGUGACCUUCCCUGUACGCAUCUUCAAGCUGAUGGGGGUUGAGUCUGUGCUGGUGACCAACGCCUCAGGGGGAAUCUGUCCAGACUUCAAGGUUGGAGACAUAAUGAUCAUCAAAGACCACAUCAACCUGCCCGGCUUUGCUGGACAGCACCCUCUGUGUGGACCCAACGAUGAGCGGUUCGGGAUCCGGUUCCCCUGCAUGUCAGAUGCUUACAGCAAAGAUCUGAGGAGUCUGAGCCUGGAGGUGGGCUCAGAGCUCGGCUGCAGCCACUUCCUUCGAAGUGGAGUUUACUGCAUGGUGAGUGGACCAAACUUUGAGACCAUCGCUGAGGCCCGAAUGCUGCGGACCCUGGGCUGCGACUCAGUGGGUAUGAGCAUGGUUCCUGAGGUGACUGUGGCCAAACACUGUGGACUCAGAGUUCUUGGGCUGACCCUCAUCACCAACAAGGUGUCUCUGGACUACAGCCGUGAAGACAAGGUGAACCACGAUGAGGUUCUGGAGAUCUGCAAGAUGAGGGCGGAGCUUCUGCAGAAACUUGUCACGACGCUGAUUGGUCGCUGCCAGCAGCAGAGCAUCAACAGGCACUGAGACAGGACUGAGUUUACCUGCGACCCACCUGAGGCCCCACCUGAGGUCCCACCUGAGGCCCACCUGAGACCCCACCUGAGGUCCCACCUGAGGUCCCACCUGAGGUCCCAUCUGAGGUCCCACCUGAGGCCCCACCUGAGACCCCACCUGAGGUCCCACCUGAGGUCCCACCUGAGGUCCCAUCUGAGGUCCCACCUGAGUCCCACCUGAGUCCCACCUGAGGUCCCACCUGAGGUCCCAUCUGAGGUCCCACCUGAGUCCCACCUGAGGUCCCACCUGAGGCCCCACCUGAGACCCCACCUGAGGCCCCACCUGAGGCCCCACCUGAGGCCCCACCUGAGGCCCCACCUGAGGCCCCAGGGCCCUGAGUAGUCUAAACUGAAAAUAAACUCUUCAGCACA